GUACGGUUGAAACUCGCCAACCUAUUGAGGUGCUAAUGUCCAAGCCUGAAUAUAAAAAGCAAAGGGAUCUGUUUCUCCAAGGUUUCGCCCAAGUUCAACAACGAGAUGCGGAUGAUCCCAAAUCUUUUUUUGCAGUUGCUGGUAUCCACGGUCUUCCAUUCGUGCCUUAUGACUUAUUGCCCGGAGAAAAAAUACCGUCUACAGACUGGAAUAAAGGAGAACUUGAUCGUUGGGGUGGCUAUUGUCAUCAUGGUGAUAUUCUCUUUCCAACCUGGCAUCGUGCAUAUGUAUUAUUGCUUGAGAUGCUCAUAUACGAAGCAGCAGAAGAGAUUGUAAAUGGUUAUGGAAACGGAAAAGAAGUUGAUGAAUAUAAAAAGGAACUUAAGAAAAUUCGAUUUCCGUACUGGGAUUGGGCCAGUCCCUCCACCCUUGUUCAAGGCGUACCUUCGGUCAUACUUGAGGAAUAUGUUUAUGUUGACACCCCGACGACAAAAAAUUCUAGAAUUCGAAAUCCUCUUCGUGCCUAUACCUUGCCUGUAAAUGUUGGAACAUUAACACUUGUUGGUGAUACUUCUAACCCAACGCAAAGACCUUACACUCCAGGGACCGAAAUACCCUUUGUACCCUAUACACCAGCCGGAUAUGCAACCGUCAGAAAUCCGGAUAGCAAUUAUCUUACUAAUGGGGAUGUCACUAAGCUCAAUGUUGUCACUUUUUGCAGUUCUAUAUUCCGUCCAACCAUGUACCAAGUUCUUUUAGUUGAUAAAUGGCGCCAGUUCAGCAAUCAUGGAAAUUUUCCAGAUGAACCCGAAGGAAACCUUGGUCAUUUUUCAUCAAUUGAAGUUGUUCACGAUGCCGUUCAUGAUGCGAUUGGAGGAGUUGGUGGUCAUAUGUCGUAUCCUGACAUUGCUAGUUUUGAUCCAAUCUUCUUCCUUCACCAUGCCAAUGUGGAUCGCCUUACUGCCAUUUGGCAAGCUUGUCAUCCUGAUGUUUGGAUCAUUGGAAAUAAUUAUACCGAAGGCACCUUUACUAAUGAAUAUGAAAAACUAAUCGAUAAAAAUACCGACCUUACUCCAUUCCGUAAAACUGGGGAUACCUAUUGGAACUCGGAUGAUGUCAGAUAUAUAAAAACACUUGGAUACAAUUAUCCUGAACUUGAAUCUGAAAUCGAAAUAAAUAAACUUUUGUUUAACAUGCUGAGCUAUUACCAUCCUAACAGUUACUUACGUUAUCAUUGGAAACUCACCUUAACCGUCAAGAAAAGAAUGGUUGGCUCACCAUUCCAAAUUCGGGUAUUCCUUGAUUUUCCAACUGCUGAUGCUUUGACUCCUGUUAACAGCCCAAAUUUUGCUGGUCUCGUAUCAAUCUUUGCUCGUGGUAAAGAAACAAGUUGUGGUAAUUGUAUUUCUAAUCCAGAAGCGGUAGUGAACGGCAGUGUUGACCUUACCACGUGCAUGCAAAGGCUCUUUAUCGAUCUAAAUGUUGAACCCAACCAUGAUGGUAGUAUUACUCCCAGUUUAAAGGCUAAUCAAAUUACUCUUGUGGCCGUUUUGAAGGAUGGGAGUGGGAUAAGUCUUGAAGAUGCUGGUUUAAUUACUGCAAAUUAUUGGGUAAUUGAUGAAUCUAAUAAUGAUCCGAAACAAUGGACACAGUCUAAAAUUGGAUGUGUUUAUCCUCAACCUUCCGACAACUGA